GUUUACGCGCAUUUCAACACUUGUUGCGGUGGAACGCGCUUUUUGUGUAAUUUUUAGAAAUAUAUACAAUCUGAUCUAAAAUGGACGAUAACAACGUGCCCGCCUUCGAACUCGGAGAUGUCCUGGCCACGCGUUGUGGCAACACACUCACCGGCGUCUUUUUGCCGGGCUCAAGGAUUGCACUCAGCGCGUUCCGGCAAAUUACGCACAGAUCGCGGGACGCUCCCACUGAGACGGCUGGACAGGACCCGGUACUCAUCUACCUGGCCCAGGAAUCAACGUUGUUCGACGAGCCGGUGCUGCGCAGUGUACUUGCGGAGGCGAAUGCCACUUUCGCCACCCUUCAGCAACUGGGUCUGCGGGCCACUCGAGCUGAGUACGUGAACAUAUCUAGGGCAUAUCGUAGUAUCGUGCGCGCCUGCCUUGAGAAGCUCGAGCAGGCCAAGAAGUCGCCGGAGGUGCAAACAGACGAGCCCCGACUGCGCCGCUUCACCGACGCCAUCAUCGUUUUCUACGCAGCGGAGUGCCUGUGGCAUCUGUUCGAGAUUCUCUACAUUCAGAACAAUCAGCUGGUUGUGCCACAACUGCUGGACUGGGCGCGCUUCCAUUCACCGCAAGCGGAGGACCGAGCUACCGAUCUGUUGCUGAUGGCCGAGGAGGCUAGCGAGUCCGAUGACUACUGGAGCAUCCUCAAAUCGCUGAUCAUGCUGGGCGAAAUAGAUGUGACGCGCGCUAUUCUCUCGCAGAAUCGGAAGGCUGUGCAGCCGGCCUUCAAGGCGGCCGAGCUGAUCCUUAAGUCCAUGCCCGUAUACCAAGAAGGCUAUGCCCUGCAGAAGUUCCAUUCGCAGUGGGAGUACUGGCAUGUGGACACGGAGCGUAAGAUCCAGACUGGUCUAUUCGCCACUGAGCCUGAGCUGGAGCAGGUCCUGCGACUGGUCACGGGCGACAACGUGCAGUGGGAUGCUGGCAUCAAGGAGUCCCAGGACUGCUAUGAAUACCUGCCGGGAUACCUGCUCUUCACGAAGCCCACCUGCAAACCCUUCGAGCUGAGGAUUGCCGCCGCCAAUUGGCUGAACCGCUGGCAUUUACUCCGACCGGAAAGGGAACACUCCAACAUGAACCGCAUGAUAAUGCAGCUCAUGGAUCACGAUAUAAGGCUUUUCAUAUACGAAGCCCAGAAGCUGAACGAUACCCACUGGUUUUCCACGCACUUGAUUGAUCUAAUCCAUCAUUGCGGUCAGCUGAAGAGUUACUUUGACCAGAACAACAUAGAUCUUCCUGCCUUGCGCCACUCAAUGAUCUACGAGUAUGGCAGCUAUCUGAUGUCAUCGCACAAUCUGUGGCAGUUGGGCAUUGACUACCUAGACUGCUGCAAGCAGGAGGGUCAGGCUGCUAUCGAGCUGCUUUUGCCCCGCAUCUCUUUGCGCAGUGAGCGGCAGGCCACCAAGUUGAUCAACCUAGCCAGGCAGCGGGGACUGACGAGCGUGGAACAGGAGAUCUGCAAGGUGCUAUCAAAGCGAUCCUAUGAUGGAGAGCGCUACGGCAAUGCCCUAGAGUGGGCCAUUCGCUCCAAAGACGUGCUGGUGGUUACGGCGGUUGCGGACUUUAUUUUGAAGCAUUACUCGAGGACAGGAAACAUGCUCUGCCCGGACACCAUAGCCAAUGUGGGAGGUCGAAUGUUCAUCUCACCACGCUUGGUUUUUCUCUCCAAGUACUAUGAGUUCUACGAAUUCUAUCGAACCCGCGAUUUUCUGUCUGCCUCAGAGCUUCUGGUGAAUCUGCUGGAAUCCAGAAUCACCCCAGACUAUUUCUGGCCUUCGCUGCUCAUCGAUUCCAUGCCUCUGCUGGAGUCGAAGGAUCCAAAAAUUUUCGCCAAGGAAACUGUGGCCAUUCUCCAUCAUAUUGAAACAGAACUGGUGCCAAUCAUCGAACGCGACGUGACCAAAUAUGGAAAGCACCACACAGAGACUGUGUUCAAGGACUACCGGGUUGAGAAUGUCGACGAAAUCCUGAACCUUAUGCGCCUGGCCUGCGCCCGCAAUUUGGCCAGAGCAUUGAUUAUUGAGAACACUAUGCCAGUGGCGUGAUUUCGAAUGCAUUUUUAGUGUAAUUUAUUUUGUAUUUUUCGCUUUUCCAAUACAUCGUAAUUUGUUAUAGAUUGUAUGCAUUGCUAACUUGUAUUUAUACGCAUUUUGCUUA